CCCUGCACCUCUUCAAAGACAAAGGAGGCCCUCCAUCAACACUCAGAAAAAGUCUUUAACACUCAAACUCUGCAUCGUUGACAGUGACUUAUCUGUGUCUGUGUGUGCACAGUCUCCCCUACGCGCCCAGCACAAGAAGCUCCAAGAUGCCGGACACAAUCAUGUCCAAGGAGCCCAGUUCCAACCUGGAGAGUGCCAUGCAGAUGCUCAUAAAAACCUUCCACAAGUACUCAGGGAAGGAAGGCGACAAGUACACACUGAGCAGGGGUGAACUGAAGGAGCUGCUACUAGAGGAGCUGGGGAGCUACUUAGGGAACUCCAAAGAUAAUGAAGCAGUUGAGAAGGUGAUGAACGACUUGGACGCCAACAACGAUGGGGAGGUGGACUUCACCGAGUUCAUCAUCCUGAUGGGCGCCCUCACAGUCGCCUGCAAUGACUUCUUCCUGGAGUUCAAAACAGAUGAGAAACCAAAAGACAGCGAGACGGCAGAGAAGAAAGAUUGAGUCAGUUAGAGAGAGAGCAA